AUGAGCGAAGUCUCGGCGUACAAGCGCGGCAAGCUGGCCAUCAAGAAGAUGGUCAGCUUGAAGAACCGCAAGUACACCACGUCCCUCACCGGGGAGACCUUCUACGAGCACAUGCGGAGGGCGACCGCGAAGCACCUGACCGCCCCGGACCCCUACCUGAACCGUCAGGUCAUCGAGGCGAUCAACGGCGGCAACGUCGGGACCCCGGAGGAGGCCCUAGAGGCUCUUUCAGGGCGCAUCCUCAACCGCAAGCCGCUCAAGCAGCAGCUCGCCAUCCCCCUCGCGGACCAGAUCCUCCGCGAGUGCCCGAACAUGGCCAACUUCCGCAACGAGGUCCUGCUCGACGUCGCCCGCGUCGCCACGCGGAAGGUCCCCGCCGGCACCCCGCACAGCGACCCCGCCAGCCGUGCCAAGAAUGAAGCACUUGCAAUGUUGCGUGGGUGGGGGCCCGAGGGCCGCGCCGCGCUGCAGAACGUCGUGCAGGGCGACGGCUACUUCGCCGGUGGCGUCACGCGCGCGAACCCGACCGCGCCCGCGCCGCGGGCCCCGUACGGCCCGCGCACACGCGCCUACGGCGGCGGGGCCCCCGUCAGCCCGUACGGGACGACGUCCGCGCUGGACACGUACAACGCGGGGAUGCCAGGCGGCGGCGGAGGCGGGGCGGCGGAGGGCGUCGCGACGACGGCGCCGCACGAGCUGAGGGAGGUGAUGGCGGCGGCGAACGCACACGCCGAGUUGCUGCAGGACAUGCUGGUGAACAUCGGGGAGACGGGGAGCCUGGCGGACCUGCAGAACGAUACGCUGCUGCCGGGCUUCGAGGAGGACUGCAAGACGCAGCUGGAGCGCCUCAGGGAGAUGGUGGGGGGGCUCGACGACAGGCAGGAGACCCUGAUGGCCGAGGCGAUCAGCACCGUGGACAAGGUCGAGCAGGCGCUGAGCCUCAAGGACGCGAUCAAGGAGAACCUCCGCGCCAUCGGACCGGAGCGCGAGCGGCAGCAGCGGGAGGAGGCUGAGCGCGUCCGGCGCGCGCAGGAGCAGCAGGAGCAGCAGCGCAAGGCGCAGACGACCGACCUGCUCGGGUGGGACGACGACUCCGACGACGACGAGUCCCCCGGCGCGGCCCCCGGCGGGAGCAUGCCGCUGCCGCCCGUGCAGGAGGCGCCCGCGCCCCAGCCCGGCCCGUCGGAUCCCAUGGCGGACCUGAUGGGCCUGAACGACCUCUUCUCGGGGGUGUCCGUGGGGGAGUCUCAGCCGAGUCAGGCGCCGCCGCCGCAGCAGGUGCCGCCGCGCCAGGAGCCGCCGCAGGUCGCGCAGCAGGCGUACCAGCAGCCGCCGUCGCGCGUGUUGCAGUCGCAGUCUAGCGGACAGCCCAACCCGUACGGCACGCCGCCGCAGCCCGUGUUUCAGCAGCAGGGGUACGGCGGAUACGCGCCGCAGCAGCAGCCGCAAUACCCCCCGCAGCAGCCGCAAUACCCCACCCAGCAGCAACAGGGGUACGGGCAGCCGCAGGGGCAGGCGUACGGGACUCCCGGCGGGUACGGCCAGCAGCCGCAGUACUCCCCCCAGCCGCAACAGGGGUACGGCAGCUCGCCUGGGUACUCGCAGCCGCUGCAGCAGGGCGCGACGCCGCCCGCGCACGCGUUGUCGCCCGGCGCCGCGUACGUCACGCCCACCAGCGCGGCCGGCCCGAGCGGCGGCAACCCCUUCUCGAGCGCGGCGCCGCCGAUGGCGACCCCGCGCACCGCGGCCGCGGACCGGGAGUUCGACGCCAUGGUUCACACGCCCGUCGCGCAGCAGCAACAACAGCAGCAGCAGCAGCAGCAGCAGCAGCAGGGGGGCGGGAACGGGUUCGACCUCGGGGGCGACCUGGACGCGGCGUUCGACGCGAUCGUGCGCGGGCGCUCGUGA